CAAAUUUGUGGUUCACAUAAUAACUUCUUUCUUUCUUUCUUUUUAUUUUUUUGGCUGAGUGAUUGUUAUUCCAGUCUCCAAUAAUUUGGCUGGUACAAAUCAUCUUCACUACUGUAAUUUAUGAAGUCCUUAGCUUAUCCAUUAGUCCAUUACACACCAACACCUGUCUUAAUUGGCAUGCUUAAGCUUAAGAAGACAAACUAAAAUGUCACUCCCUCGGUUUUAGAAUAAGCACAAGGGUGCAAGCUAUGCAACACUUGUUUAUGCACAUAGAAUUAUGCAACUGAACUAAGUGAAGUGUUUGUAGAUGGCAAGCCUUUACCUCCCAGGCCCGGCUACUCUUAGAAAAUUUUCGCUGUCUGCUUCAUCUAAUAAUGGAGCUCCUUCAACAACACAGCAAGUAGGGCCAGUAGUCUUGGAGCUCCCCCUCGAUAAGAUACGGAGACCACUAAUGCGUACAAGAGCAAAUGAUCCCCAAAAAGUCCAUGAACUCAUGGAUAGCAUUAAGGAGAUUGGUCUUCAAGUCCCUAUUGAUGUUCUAGAGGUUGAUGGGGUGUACUAUGGUUUCUCUGGUUGCCACCGAUAUGAGGCCCAUCAGCGAUUAGGCCUCCCAGCAAUUCGCUGCAAAGUCCGGCGUGGAACAAAGGAAACAUUAAGAUUUAUCUUGCAGGCAUCAUCUCCGGUAAAUACGUUGGAGUUGUAUUCAUUUUCAAUUCCCAGCAUUAUCCUCUGCCUCGAGGGAAGCCGGAUGAUAAUAUUUGACUGAAAGCAUGCAUGGAUAGUUUUAAACAGCAAUAAGUAAGCACAUACAUGUAUUGUGGCUUUGAACUUAUAAUUUGUAAUUCUACAACUCUCCUACCACGUGGUAGCAUAUCUUUCUCGACAACUUGUGUAAAACACAAAACUAAUGUAGCAAUAUAUUUUUCUUCUCAAAACUUAA